CGAGUUUCCAAAGCUUUACUUGGUUACUGGGUUGAUUGUUCAGAGCAUGAACUGGAAAUUAUCAACGUAUGUGAUUCCUGGAAAAAUCUCGUUACAUACUUUCGUAUAUUUCAUAUUGACAGAAAAUCCGAAGAUUCAGGGUUAUUUAGAAUACUGACAUAAACAAAACGUUCGGAAGGUGUGUUACCUUAAGCUUCUUAUAUCUUUGUUGUUUAAUAUUUGUGUUUAUUUUAAACGUUUCAGACCACUUUUAAUUUCCCUUCUUUGCAGAUGGGGAAAAAGCACACUUUCAGUUAUUCUCGAAAUCGGAAGCGGUUAGGCAAAAAACAAAAGGCAAAAUUAAAAAUCAAAAAUCCAGUCAUUAAUUCAGCUUGGAAGUAUGGAUUAUCUGUUAAAUCAAAUUUUAACCGUUUGGGUUUAGCUUACGAUGCAAAUGAAGCACUUGGAAAUAAUUGUGGUCAGGUUUUAACAAAUGGAGAGUAUGAUGAUAAUGAUGCAGUCACAAAAAAUAUGCCGAGACAGAAAAAGACUAGUGUCGUAAAAGUUUUAGAAGAGUUAGCCAAACAUAAAAAGCAAAAACCUGUGUUUGUCUCCGGAGAUGAUCAGCUGUUUUGCAUAUACAACUUAGAGAUGUAUCCUGAGGAUGAUUUCGAAUCUAUGAGUAGAGAUCCAAAGAAUGUUUAUCAGUUGACAUCCAAACAGAUCGAACGACUGAUCAACAAAUUUAAACAAACCACUGGCUUUCAAAAGUAUCUCAAAGAUAAGCAGUCAGGAGAGCUUGCCAUCGACGAGUUGUUUAAUGAAGAACUGAUAUGGUGUCAAUUAUCCUUGCGGGUUAUGUAUUACAUCUUCAUUUUAUUUAGUUUUAUAUAAGUCAUGAUUGGUUUUAGUGAUUUUCGUACGACUAUGAAUUGUUUUAUAUUGAAAUCUUGCUUGAUCUAAAUUUUUCAAUAGAUUUGAUGUCUUUAUUUCAGCCAAAAAUAUUCUGAUUUCUAAUUGUGUAUAAAAUUGUGGAAUUUUGAACGUACUUCUAUACAAAAAAACUCAGAAACUAUAAAGAGCUUCAUCGAUCAGUCAGUAAUUUGGUCUCCGGAAUCAAUUGUAAAUUGAAGAAUAAGUAUUUCUUUUACAUAAACAGAUUUUUAAAAUCAUAAAAACAGGAAUGUGUAAAACUAUAAGCUCU